AGAGAAAUGAGUGACGGCUGAGAGCGGAGGACGAGCUGGACAUAUUCUCAGGACAGCCACAGCAGAGACGCCGACAGCACGGAGUUGUCGCGAUGCUGUAGCUAAACCAUGGACUGCAGAAUAAAGGAAAAUCCAGAAAGAACGUUUGAUGUGGUUGCACAGGUGGCGUGUCCGACGUCUGGAAAUGAAGAUCCAACCGUGCUGUGGAGCUUCCCCCAGGACCACACCGACCAGGAGGUCCUUCAGACGAUACCAAAGUUCUGCUUUCCCUUUGACGUGGAAAGGGUUUCCCAGAAUCAGGUGGGGCAGAAUUUCACCUUCGUGCUGACGGACAUCGACAGCAAACAGAGGUUUGGUUUCUGUCGACUCACUCAAGGCUGCCGGGUCUGCAUAUGUCUGCUCAGUUAUCUGCCAUGGUUCGAAAUCUACUACAAGUUGCUGAAUACUCUGGCAGACUACUUGAUAAAACAACAGGAAAAUGAGUUGAAUGACAUGCUGAAUUCUCUCUAUGAUCUGCCUGUGCCAAAGCCCUUCACGCCAGUCAACCUGAGUGUGAAUGAGCAGUUGUAUAUUGCCACUGGGCAAGUACUGAGAGAUCGGCGGAGCGCGGAGCCGCACUCCUACUUCAUCGCCCCGGAUAUCAAUGGACUGCCAACCAUCCCAGAGAGCAGGAACCUGACAGAGUACUUUGUGGCUGUGGAUGUCAACAACAUGCUCCAGCUCUACGCCAGCAUGCUGCAUGAGCGGCGCAUCAUCAUUACCUCAAGCAAGCUCAGCACUUUAACUGCAUGCGUCCACGGUGCAGCUGCUCUGCUCUUUCCGAUGUACUGGCAGCACAUCUUCAUCCCUGUACUGCCCCCGCAUCUUCUGGACUACUGCUGUGCCCCCAUGCCAUACUUUGUGGGUGUUCAUCUUAGUCUGCUUGAGAGAGUACGCAGUGGAUCGCUGGAGGACGUGGUUAUUCUGAAUGUGGACACAAACACCCUGGAGAGCCCCUUUGAUGACCUGCACAACCUGCCCGGUGACGUGGUGUCCCUUCUGAAGAGCAGGCUGAAGAAGCAGUCAACGGCAACAGGAAGUGGCGUGGCAAGGGCCUUCCUGAGGGUGCAGGCCGCGCUGUUCGGAUCGUACCGCGAUGCCCUCAGAUAUAAACCCGGGGAGCCAAUCACUUUCUGCGAGGAGAGCUUUGUGAACAAUCGAUCGAGCACCAUGAGGAACUUCCUGUCGAUGGCUGUUAACCUGCAGCUCUUCAAACAGUUCAUCGACGGACGGCUGGCCAAAUUGAACGCAGGCCGCGGCUUCUCCGACGUGUUUGAAGAGGAGAUCACAGAGGGGGGCUUCUGUGGAAGUAAUUCAAGGUCUUACCAGCAAUGGAUGCACACUGUGAAGAGAGGAGGAGCACUCAUCAACACAGCUGUUACUAAAGCCAAGAGUCAUGCCAAGAGGGGCAUCCGAGACAUUAAGGGCAGACUUAAAGCAAGGGAAGAAGAAGAAGAGGGGGUGAUGGUCUGCCAGGGGUCUCCCACCAGCACCAAGAGCCUGUCUCCAAGGAGACUGCAGAAGCUGAGACGGCAAAACUUCAACAAGCAUCCCAUGGGCGUUGGCCCUCGAGAUCUUGGCUACGGGCUUGAUGAUGAUGAGCUGGACAGUGCGAGCAAAAUCUCCUCAGAGGACAGUGGGGACGUCCCUUCAUACAUCGGGGACAGCGACGACUCCUACUCACUAGAGCUGGACAUGGACUCCUCCCGCUCAGGCCAGAUGAACCUGCUGGAGGAAAUCCUGGACUCUCUGAGCACCACGACCGGGGAGCAAGGCAGACUCAGCGCUGCCAAGAGCCUGGACUUCUUCAGGUCCAUGGAUGAUUUAGACUACAAGGCCCCGAGCAAGCCCACGCCUGCAAGCAAAUCCAAAACCGCGGAUGAGAGCGGCUGCGAUGGCGGCGGGGAUCAGGGCGGUUGGAAUAUGGGCCAGGAUGACAGUGCUGUGCACGGGAAGCACCUUCCCCCGUCCCCACGCAGGCAGCCCAACAAGAGCAGCCUGAAGCUGACAAAGAAACCUGCCACAACCUCCGCAGUGCCCAUCAGCGCCAGCACGCCCCCGGCCCGGGAGGCGGACUCGUCCAGGUCACGUCCUCAACAGCUCGGCCGUGACCCUCACCUUCUACCUCCGGGUCGACACCCGAGAGACCGGUUGUCCUACUCGCCCUCAGCCUCCCACAGAGUUACACCCACGGCGCCAUCUCCCACCCUCUCUCACACCUACAGCUCUCCGGCACCCGGCUCCCAGGCGAGCUACUCUCCUGAACCAGCGGCCCGGUCUCGGACCAUUUCGGACCCGCAAGGCAACGCGGAGCCUCCUCAGGCCCAGAGCCCGGCCGCCUCGACCAGCAUCUUGAGGAGGAAGGUGCUGUCCAAGGAGACGGUGAGGCACUACCAGGAGAAGGCCCUCCAGAGGAAGGGCAGCAAGGCCCACCAGGAGGGUCAGGGGAGCGCGCCAAGUCUCAGCCCGUCGGCUCUCCAGGUCCCGUGGGAGAAAGAGGUGUCCAAGGAGGGGCUGAUGGGGCUCGGCCUGUGCCUGGGUCAGGGUAAAGGCUCGGGGGCGGCUGCGGUGCAGGAUCAAGGCCUCCUGGAGGAGAUUGAGUCCAUGUGUUGCCUCGGCUCGGUCCUCCACACGAGCAUGCAGCUCUCACAGGUUCACUGCAACAACAGUCCCCAGCAGGUCCAGAGCAAAGCCACAGACGAGUCAUAGCGCCAUCAAAGACUCAGGGUCUGUAUAACGCUGCCGGUUCCACUGGAAACUACUCAUUGCAACUAGCUCCACAGAGAACAUGAGCGUUUUCAUCUAAAUGCUCUGCUAUCAGGAAACAUUCUAAACAAAUAUGAUGUCAAACACGUAGACGCAAACACAGUCACAGCCGGAAACGAGAGCAGGAAACAAACAUCCAAGGAGAUAAAUUGGUGCUCGACACAACUGCAUUUGUGUAGAAAAGAGUGAAAAAACCUGAUAGUGUUGAAAGAAUACUUUAACCUGCUUCCAAUAGUUGUGAGCUUGUUUCCUGAAAUGACCGUUAUGAGAUGUUAUUCAAAGGCAUUUAUUUACAAUAGAAGGUUUUAAAACGUCUUUCCACAGUGGCAAAUUCUUUUGCUUUUAAUGCAAGCUAGGUACCGUAGAAGUGACCACAUUGGGCAUUUUAUUUAGCUUUAGUUUCUUCAAACAAAUGUAUUUAAGGUGAAUUGGAGCAGCAGAACUUCAAAAACCCAAACCUGUUUUGGGUUUUUGGAGCAAAACAAGAUAUUUCACUUUUUUCUCACCCAAACUAUUCUCAUAGAACAAACAACUUGAUAAACUCAAAAUGAAGUUACAAAGACCCGAUAAGUAGAUUUUUGCAGUAAUUUUACUGAUAAACAAAGUCUCAGUGUCUUUGAUCAUCUAGAUUUAUGACCAUGUAUUUUCAUUUGUUCAAUAUUUUCAUCUUGUGACACUUUCACAUGUUAUACCAGAAAAAAAAAAACAUGAUACCCAUGAGUUGCAUUUUGGGUAAAGGAAUAGAAGCCAACCGGCCACGGAGGACUCUUCCGCCUCGGCUCGGUGCUUAUGAGCAUUUAGAAGGGACGGGAUCUCCUCAACACAUCAUGAUGUUUUUUUUACUCGGUGUUCCAAACAUUUGACGUGGUCGGGUUUAAUUUGCACCUCUAGAUUAACAAGUCGUGUCGACCACCUGGUACUGAAACCACCUGAGCAAAAACAACAACGUCGGACAGGAUUUUCCCCCAAUAACGCACUCUGAUACAAGCGCGUAUCUCGUGAAAAUUAUGCAACGUCAGCCUCGAAUGUCGGUCUACACUGCGUAAUGUGCAUUGAGUGAAGCAAGUAGACGGCAUUGACAGAAGUAUACGAUACCUAAAGCACCAAAAAUGAAUACUAUUGUUGUUGUUUUUAUCACCAUGCCUUAAAUGGACGUGUGAUUUGUUCUCGAUACUCUGGUGUCUUAAUCUAUAGAUACCAUACAGGUACUUUGUAGUUAGAACUUCUGAUGCUCUCAGAAAUGCAACAGUUAGUAGUACUUAAAAUGGCACAGUAUUUCUCUAGUUUAAUAGAAUAGUUCAUAUUUAUAUAAUGUGCUUUAAGCUGCUGUUUUUAAAUGGCAUUGCAGGUAAUGAGACGUGCAUGUAGGAACCUCUCAGCAGCUCUGUGGGUCGUGCGCAGCGCGUCUGCCACUCAGAAGACAAGACAACUGUCAAAAGUUGAAGCGUUCCAUCUGAAAAGGCCAGCAUCAAGGGCCCGUGUCUAUUUCUUUCUCCAACACCACCGUCGUCAUCAUCACUCCUCCCCGUGUCGUCUCGCCUCAUGUCAUCGUACUUUCAGCACACGUGACUUUCACUAAAGAUCUAAGGAAUGUUGGUGAGCUCAUGUGGUUUAGAUUUAAUGUGGAAACGGUAAACUAUAAAUGAUGAGGCCGGUAAUAUUCUAUGUUUUUUAAUAAUGAACAAAUUUCAUGAGAAUUGUGUACCUUGUCGUACUGAGAGCCAAAAAUACAGAUCUUAAAUAUAUCAUUUCAGUUCAAAUAACUCUAUGCUGGGCUUUUUAGCAAACGUUACCCCAACUAUAGUGAACAGUGCAUUUGUUGGGGUCACAUUUCCUGUUUUUAGGGUAAAUACAGACAUUUUAACAAUGUCCUUGGUUCAUUUUAGAAUAUAGAAUAUCACCAAACUCAUCACCUUUCUUUUGUUCUGCCUGCAUGUCUCACUGGAAGAAAUGCAAUCUCUGUCUUUGUGGGUCGGAGUCACGCGCUGUAACGCAGUGGUUGAUUGUAAUGUAAUGAAGCAAUACGGUUCUCCUCAGAUCGUAGCUACGUGGAUGCAAAGUGCACAGACUGGUCUGAAGUAUUUCUGUGACGGACUCUCCUGUGGAGGCAAACGCAACGUCCAGAAGUGUGGGGUUCUGAUUCUAUACAGGAACCUGCAGCUUUUUCUGUGCUUGUAUUGGGAUUAUUACAUUUUUGGUUCGUUGUUCUUAUAAUUCAUGCCAGACGCCAGUUGGUGUGGCAGUUUAAUAGCAGCCUUUUCUCUUGCUUAUUAAGUGCUGCUGUGCGUUAACGAUUUGCUCAUAAAGUCUUUGGCGUGCUUCUAAAAAGCCCAGGAACCAGUCCUAGUAAUUCCAAAAAGGAGAAAAAGACCCCAGAAGAAUCUCUUCUCUGGACUUAUUUAUUGUAAACACUUUAAAACUUAUUUACUAUGCAAAUAUUUAAAAAUUGUCAAAAAAGGUCAGUUUUAAUUAACAGUAAUUACAUUAUAAUGCACAAGUCUACUUGAAAAAUAAUCACAAUCAAUCUAGUUUCCAGUAGAAGAGAGCUACAUGUGUCUGAAUGGAUAGACAUGAACUGUGUGAGCGUAGGUGUGUCUAUGACACAAUGUUGUGUGUAGUGUGCCUUAAUCAGUAAGCGUACCACCCGGUAUAAUCACAACAAGGUUCAGUGUUAUAGAAUGCACGUGUACGCAAAGCUUUCAGACCACCUCACAUCACAGAAAGAACAUUGAUCAUUGUGGUAUUUAUAGAUAUGAACUGACCUGGUUGGGUUCUUAAAAGCUCAGCAGAAUGAACGUGGGUACUGGCGUUGUCUUUAGUAGCUGUUUGGUUCUUGUGUUUUCGGCUGCGGUCCAGCUGGAGUUGGUGUUUUUUCUUGGUGGGAAUUUUCCUGCCUGUAUUUAAUAGAUCGUGUGGUUAUUUGACUUUUGUUCAAUUAGGUUCUUUCUUUGAUUGUACUAUGAGGGGAUUCCUGGUGUUGUUUGUGUGAUUUUAAUUUCUCUUUCUCUCUUUUCUUAAACAUUCUGAGCUCAGUAUUUUUAAAGAGGAGUCUCUCUAGUUGAUUUCAUAUGAAUGAAAGAUUAUUUUUAACUGAAUAGACUUGUAUAUUUGCAGGCUUGAGUUUAUUUUACAUAAUAUAUGAACGGUGCUUAUGUUGUUAAAAAAAGACACCUGAUAUUUGAAUGUUUUAGAUUUUAUUUUUGGAAGGAAAAAAAUAGAGAAAAUAUUAACAAAUCCAUUCAGAUUCAGAAGCAUUUGACACUCUCUAAACAAAAUGAGCAGAGACUAGUGCUUGCUUGUAAGCGGUACAAUGCGUAUUGUUGUAUCUGCAUGUAUGUACCUGUAUGUGUUGUACGAUAUGAUUUUUUUAAAUUUCUUUUUUAUUCCGUUGGUAUUUUUUAUUUCAGUAUUUAGCGCUGCUGUCAAAUCAAGAAUGACGAGAAAUAACAUUGGUUCCGGCAAAACACACACUCAUUCUGCCUUGCGUUGGGCAUCGUGGAGUAAAUGUCAUCUGCCUUGCAUUUCAUAUGUUUCUACUGUAAAUCCAACUGAAGAGUUACGUGGGAUAAAAAUACUGAGUAAUUUAUUAACAAAACAUGAGCUGCAGGCUUGUGAUGACUGCUACUCUGGACACAAUACAGUGUGAAGUAAUCAAUGUAAAGUAUAAUUGUCCUGAUAUUUCAAAUUCGGAGUGAGUUGGAGGUGACCGAUUAUGUAGCAGCAUUUACAGAGGAACUACGGACGUUACCGACAUUAACAGUACUUUCCUCUUUACUAUGUUCAGUUCGUAGUCACAAAUUUGGACGUGUUACAGUAUGCAACUUUAUUUCAGUCGUUUUGGGUGUUGUCAUGAUGAUUAACUCUUCGGUAUAACAUUUACUGGUUUUCUGAUUCUGUGCACACUUGCAUGUUCUUAUUGCAGAGCAAACUACUGUCUUAAAUAACUGAGAUCAAUCUAAUGUGCUAUUGAUGAGUAACUUGGUUGAACUGCACACAAUGUAAGCACUGUGAACUGAAAAUAAAUGAUAGUGUUUAAUGCUC